AUGAAUGUUAAUGACAUCUCUGGAACGGCGAAUGAAUACUGGUCCCAACUAAAGACAUGCCUACAAAAGUCAGGCACUUCCACAUUAGGAUAUAGUAGGAAGUGCGCUCGUUGGGUGCCUGAAGCAACUGUACAACUUUCUGAAAAAGCUGCCAAAGUCCGAAUAUCAGGAGAUUAUUCUGACUAUCGGGCUUCGAAGAAUUACAACGACAGCAGCAAAGCGGGACAGGAAUCGCUAUUGGAGCGAUGUGGCCUUGAGAAUGGAAUCAGCGGCUCGGAUAGGUAA